AUGCUUUCUGUUGCUAUCAGCGAUCAUCGAAUGCCAACAACCUGCGGCUUCCCGAACUGCAAAUUCCGUUCACGGUAUCGUGGUUUUGAGGACAAUCGUCAUUUCUACCGGGUUCCGAAAAAGCCGGCAAUCCUGCGACACAAGUGGCUGGAGGCCAUCGAAAGGACCGAGGCAACUAUAGUCAGUCAGGUAAAAUUCUCUUCUUGUUGCUUAGAACCUCUGUGAACUGAGGGCAUGACUUUUACAAGAUUGUGCAUUUCAGUGCCUACUGAUAAAGAACUCUUCUUUUUGCUUUUACAGGAGGAUAUAAGUAAGGGCACCAGUGUCUUUUCCAGAUUGCAUUUUUUAAAGUGUUUCUGAGCUGUUUGUUCUUCAUUUUACCUCAUUUAUGACUGAGUUUUAAAUGGUGACAUGGCGGCAUCAAAGUCAGUGGAAAUGAGUCCGGUUUCGAUGGGAGAAAUAAACAUCCAAUACGCCGGUCAUAUUAUGAGCGCAGGGCAGAACAGUGACCUACUAAUUUCCCUGUGAUGUUUGCAUUCUGUUUGUUUCUAUAUGCUGCUGGACUUCUCCCAUUCACUGAAAAUGCUGGCCAAUCAGUGACUGGUGACUGACACUGGGAAACUGAGGAGUUCAGAGAUCGGCGGCGUAUUCCUCAAGAACGGUGCGCAGUCCUUACAUUCCUCCCCUCUUUGCUUCGUCAUCAGGUUGUCGCUUAGGCGUCUGAUAGUUCAGAUUAAGCUCGUGCUGGGAACUCGCUAUGGUCUGAGCGGGGAUCCUAUUACGUAUAGAUCAGCAAACUCCUGUUGAGGAGAUGUAAAAAUUCUAAUCUACUAUCUGAAAGACCCAGUCCGAGCCUUCAGUCUUGCCUUAAAGCUGCGAUCCGGAGUCUUCACCUGUGAGAGCUUGAUCCUCGCAAACGAGGUCCGGCGCGUGCCCCACGAAAUAAGCGCUUGAAUUAUUGUACAGCGAGACAGACUUGCGGAAUACCUAUCGCGCGCUCUCUCUCUCUCCCCUCACCCACCCUGUCCCGAAAGCAAUAAGACGACGUAGGUGGACGUAGACUUAGAGCUGGCGAAGCUGAACAGUCCAUCUAUGCGUGCCACACACGACUCGGUCCCCAAGGUCGCUGCAAGGACGACUAGGAUCUCACAUGCGCGAGAACGCCACAGGGGACGCGUUAAGAAGGAAUCAAUGCGACCCGAUUUCCAGUUCACCAGCCACUGCACUCCAACCAAACCGUUGGCGACCGUCCAAGCCACAACUCUUGGCGCGUCGUGAUUGGUUAAAGCGCAUCCAAUUCAUUAUACUGUCGACUGUCCGAGCCCGCCAGCCAUCCAGCGCGAGUAUUGGAUGCAGAGACUGACAGAGGUAGGCAGCCCACCAACGUGUGCCACACGCGACUCGGUCCCCAGGAAACUAAGUGAGAUGCGUAUGUUCUGUCAUGAGGCAUUUCGCUCACCAUAUCGUCGUCGACCUAACGGACCGCAUUCUAGCUGCGGCAGGAACGUAUGGUAUUAUGCGGGUGGUGUGAAUCUGGGCCUCCUUUACUAUAUGGCUUUACAAACUCGAAUGUGAUGUGUUGGGGUCGGUGGCUUCAAGUGUAUUGGUUUCAAACUUCUUUCCUAUUUCGGCUUUUAUUCUCAUUUUUAGAGGUCGCUUUACAAGCUCUAUCAAUUUUUGCCCCGAUGGCUAUCAGAGAUGAACUGUGCGCUUUUCGAUUUUAUUCCUAAUGCAUUUUGCAACCCUAUUUUAGUUGAGAAUAUGCAGUGGCCAUUUCCACGGCGGCGAAAAGCGGGAAGGCGAUAUCCCCGUCGCAGACCCAGCGGUCGAUCCUCCACGCCGGAUUGAGCUGCCACCCAAGGGAGUCCGGUUCUCCUCUAAGGGCAUGUCUCGGGCGUUCAAGGCCCAUUUUCGACAAUCCUCCGCUGCUAUCUCUGGCUCCUCUUGUGCUCGCAGUAAUCGCGGAGGACUGGGCAUUGGUAUCUGCGGUCGACCGUCAGGUCGCUACAAAGCCGGUCUUCCUGCGGAGUACGCUGGCGCCUAUAAGAGCUACUCAAGGCCAAGUGAUAUGCCGAACCCCACCCUACACGACUUUUACCCAAUAACCUCGAGGAUCUUUCCGUCCUCGGCGAGUACACGCACACCGUCAGUGGAUUGCAUCCACCAACAGGGUCCUGGUCGGCUGCAUACAGUCUCCACCAAUAAGCAUGCAAAUUUCAUCCCCGACAACGGCAUGAUACUGCCUCCCAUCUCAUUCCUGCCCCCUCUCAGCAACAUCUUUAGGUCAGGCUUUCAGAACGCUUUUAGUGGGGAGACUACAUCCCAGGGUGACAACGCUGUAUCCUUUCUUGACGCGCUGGACGCCAAACACCUGCCGCUUCUUAAUGAUUUACUGAAAGGUGGCCUCCAGUUUCUGGAGACGGGAACUACGACAGCGGAGGUCUUCGCAAAGCACGCGACGCCUCAUUCGAACUUAAAGAAUAAAAUUUUGCCUGAAUUCAACAGUAUGGUCCUGCUGUGGAACUCGCUGCACAACUUUCAGACGCCUCCGCUGCACUCAUUGCCACCCCUGACUGCAUCUUCGGCGAACCUGCCAGCCGCGAGUGCAGCCACUGCAUCUUUGCCGUCGGACGUCCCCUGUGUGUACGGUAACUUGCCAAUGUCAUAUCUGAUCAGUGGGUUUGAGCAACAGAAGGAGUUUCUCGAGCCCGUUUGGCCUACACCUCCCGCCCAGUCCUGCGCACUCGCGCAGAAAUGCCCGAGAUCUGCGAUCUCCUCGGACAGCGCUCUCGACCAGGAGACCGCACUGUCGAUUCCGCCCUCCUUCAUGAAGUUCUCUGGCAGUACAACAAAACCCGUGUUUUGUGAAAAUAGGGGAGAACAGCCCGUCACGACGUGCAGAUCAUCAAAUAUUACGUACAAAGGUAAGGAGGAGGAUCAGUCAGAGAUUCUCCACGAAUGA